GCCCUUGCAAUUUCAGCAUAAACCACAUUUGCGAUUUUUCCUCAUCAAGAAAGCUUUCUAUAUUCUUCUUCUUCUUCUAUUUUCGCAAACCCAACCUACUAUCUAAUAAAUAUCAAGAUUCUAAUUCAAGAUGGAUGAAAUCGCCCCCGAGUAUGAUGUUGUCGUUUUGGGCACUGGUUUGACGGAAUGUGUUCUUUCUGGAGUUUUGAGUGUUAAGGGUCAAAAGGUCUUGCAUAUUGAUCGAAAUGAUCACUAUGGAGGUGAAGCUGCUUCCGUCAAUAUCGAAGCUCUCUUCAAGAAGUACGGAAACUAUAAUCAGGGGGAGGAGCCAUGGAAGAAGUACGGGCGUGCCAAUGAUUGGAAUAUCGAUUUGGUACCAAAGCUUUUGAUGUCUUCGGGUGAGCUCACAAAUAUCCUCGUUUCAACUGAUGUUACGAGAUAUCUUGAGUUUAGAUCUGUGGCUGGAAGUUAUGUACAACAAGGUACUGGUCCAAAGGCCAUGGUUGCAAAGGUCCCAUCAGAUGCUGGUGAGGCUUUGAGAUCAUCUUUAAUGGGCAUCUUUGAGAAGAGAAGAAUGAAGAGUUUCCUUGAGUGGAUUGGCACAUUCGAUGCUGCAGAUCCUGCUACUCACAAGGGACUUAACAUGAGCACCUGCACCAUGAAGGAUAUUUAUGAUAAAUUCGGACUCGAGACUGGUACUCGGGACUUCCUUGGCCAUGCUAUGGCUUUGUACCAAACCGAUGACUAUAUCAACGAGAAGGGCACAGCUCCAGCAACCAUCGACCGCAUUCGUUUGUAUGGUAACUCAGUCGCCCGUUACGGAAAGUCCCCAUACAUUUACCCAGCAUACGGACUCGGUGAACUUCCUCAAGGUUUCGCUCGUUUGUCUGCUAUUUACGGUGGUACCUAUAUGCUUAAUGCAAGCAUUGAUGAGUUCAAAUAUGAUGGAGAUAAGAUCUGUGGUAUCAAGGCUUCUAUGCACGAGAAGGAUGCUCAAGGAAAUGACUCAACCAUGAAUUUCGAGACUAAGACAAAGAAGAUCAUUGCAGACCCAUCAUACUUCCCUGACAAGGUUCGCGUUGUCGGUCAACUCUUGAAGGCUAUCUGCAUCUUGAACCACCCACUUGCUGGAACAGAUAAUGCUGAUUCUGCUCAACUUAUCAUUCCUCAAUCUCAAGUCGGACGCAAGAACGAUAUCUACAUUGCUGUCGUUUCCAGCGCCCACAGUGUUUGUCCAAAGGGUUACUAUAUCGCCAUUGUUUCCACCAUUGCAGAGACCGAUUCGAACCACCAUUUGGAACUUGCACCAGGUCUUGAGCGUCUUGGAAAGAUUGAGGAGAAGUUCAUGGGUCCCCCAAUUCCUCUCUAUGAGCCACUCGAGAGUGGCGAGAAGGACCGUAUCUUUAUCUCUAAAUCUUACGACGCCACAUCCCAUUUCGAAACUACUACAGACGAUGUUAAGGAUAUCUACCGUCGGGCUGAGGGACAUGAUUUGGUUGUUGAGGGUUUGAGAGAGGGUACUAAUUUGGUUGGAGGGGAGCAAUAAAUUUUGAUUGAGAAUACAGGUAUGGGCGGAGAAUAUUCCGAGAAAUUAGGAGUAGAUAGUUAAGGUUAUGCGUACAUAGUGAGGAUGAACAUGGAUAGGAGGUCCUUAAGCUAUUGAGUGGGCAGAAAGCUUUUAUGUAUAGGAAUGGUAUAAGGUACUUUUUUUGCCUGUGCAAUAUUUGAUUUAUAUUUAUAGUUCUAGUAUUUUUUUGAUUCGUUUGUUUAUGCACAGCCAAUCUUUUUUAUAAUAGCAAGUACUUGUUUCUUUCAGCUA